UUGCAAAUUCGACACCCCCUAAGAAUCUACGCAGUAUGAGUAGCAACUGGACGCAGAUCAUUUUCUGAAUCCGGUUCCGGCGUGCCGACGACACCGAUGCCCGUGCCCACUGACUGAUCGCAGGGCUUUCACCCGAACAGCACAGAACUGUAGCAGCUGACAGGCGGAUGCGGAGGGAGGGUUUCCAAACCCGGCGGAAUUCUCACGGUCCGCGGACUAGAAUGCUCUUCUGUCCGGGCUGACAGCCUCCCAAAAAACAUAUGCUGAAAACUUUGAGCUGUCCGUUUGUCGCGGUGGUGUUAUUUAGAUUUACAACCCGGUCCGAGAGCAGUCAUGAUGCAGGUGCAAACUGUGGGCUAACGGUACUGAAAUGACUUGUUCGGCGCUGACGCGAUUCGUUGUGCCAUGCCAACCCCGCAUUGUCAGAUGCCAUUUUACUCUGCGUUUCCCCGGCGUUUGGGUUUCCUUUAUUCUGGGCCUGUUGUAUAAUUAGAAGUUCAUGAGGCAGUAGCAAACAAGCUGGUGCAAUGAGAAGCUACGCUGUCCGAGGAACAGUGCGCAGUUUGUACUGAAGCUUAUGGGUUCUGCGUACUCGAGCCCCCGGCUUCCAGUUAGAGAGGUGUGCUGCAGGACUACAGCGCACUGGCUGUCGGCUACACAUCUGGACCGCCUGACUGCUGCCAUCUGCGGCCUGAUCGGACUGUGUACUCCUUGAACUUGUAUGUUUUAGGGGGGACUGAGUGAGGUCGCUUCGGGCGGUGUCGUGUUAGGAGGGAGGGGUGUAUAUUUGGCUCGGACUUGGGGUGGUGAUCCGCUGGAACACCACAGUCCAAACCCUGACUGGCUGACUACUCAAGGAAUAAACGCUUGUCCAAUUAUGGAUUUUGCGUAGCCGAGUCACGCAUUUUUAAAGGCAACGCUAAAGUGACAUUGCAGACUUCUCGCCACAUUGGUUAUUUCUUCGCCCGACUGAGAAAAAAUAAAAGGGUGAAAGUGGAGUAUUGUCCGUCGUACGUCUCAACGCAGUGGGAUUUCUACGUCUGGUCGGCGUUCCCCCCCACCCUUCCCGCGGUGACGGUUAUGGGUCGGAAGCGGUGUGUCGGUGCAGAUUGUUCCAAGAUGGCGGCCGGGUGCUGCGGGGUGAAGAAGCAGAAACUGUCGGGAUCUCCCGGGUCGGGGGGUCCCGGCGGGGUGGGGGCGGGAAGCGGGGUGGCAGGAACCGGACAUUGUGGCUCGGAGUUGGGGAUUGGCUCCUCCGCGACGGUUGCAGCAACGGCGAACGUGAGCAGAGCCAACGGCCUGGGGGGACCUGGAGGUAACGUUAGCGGCAGCAGCAGUAGCGGUAGCAGCGGCGGCACAAACGCUCUGUCCCCUGUCCCGGCCGGUUACACUACAUCCGGCCUCUCCCCGAAUCUCAGCCCGGGACCAGGUUCGGGAAGUGGUGGCAGAAAAAUGGUCGUCUCAGCAGAGAUGUGCUGCUUCUGUUUCGACGUGCUUUAUUGCCAUCUGUACGGAUACCAGCCUCCGAGAACACCCAGGUUUACAAACGACCCCUACCCGCUGUUUGUCACAUGGAAAAUAGGCAGAGACAAACGGUUGAGGGGUUGUAUAGGUACAUUUUCUGCCAUGAAUCUGCACUCAGGACUCAGGGAGUACACCCUUACCAGUGCCCUUAAAGACAGCCGCUUCCCACCGAUGACAAGGGAUGAGCUGCCUCGCCUCUUCUGCUCAGUGUCUCUUCUCACCAACUUUGAAGACGUCGGUGAUUACCUUGACUGGGAGGUGGGUGUUCAUGGUAUAAGGAUAGAAUUUUUCAAUGAAAAAGGAUCAAAGCGCACCGCCACCUACCUGCCAGAGGUUGCGAAGGAGCAAGGUUGGGACCACAUUCAAACCAUAGAUUCCUUACUACGAAAGGGAGGUUACAAAGCUCCCAUCACAAAUGACUUCAGGAAGACCAUUAAGUUAACCAGGUACCGUAGCGAAAAGAUGACGAUGGGUUAUGCAGAGUACAUCGCCCACCGCCAGCACCAUCACUACCAGAAUGGCAUCGGUCACCCGGUGCCGUCGUAUAACCAUUAUUCCUGACAGCGAGCCGCAUGACCAAUCACUGGACCUCUCCGCGGACCUUUUCCCAGGAGAGCCCGCCCCCUCCUGGUCUAGCUAUUUCUACUACUGUACCAUUUUAUGAUGAUAGUUUCCGUUGCCAUGCUGGCCGUCUCCCAGACGUUGACAUGGCAACGGGUGGCAACGAAGCAUCAUUCGAUUAUGGCAAGAAAACCAUGUUUCUUUGUUUUGUUUGCCUGUGGUUGAGCUUUUGCAGCAAAUGUAUACCUAUAUCUAUAACCCGCCCCCCCUUCACUCAUAUUAUUUGGAAAAUUAACCAAUAUUAGAUUUUAUUAAUAUUGUGUCUUUUCAGCAAACCUAAUCAGGUGUUUGAUUCUGUGGAUGGAAGCAAGUUUCCUUGCGUGGAUUUAGGCUUUGCUACAUUUUUACAUUUACUAACACAUUUCCUCCUUCUUCCACAUUUUGUUUCUUAAACUUUUCUAUCCAGCAGUGUAAUAUCAUGUAGCAAAGGCAACUGCAGUUUCGAAAGGCUGUGUCCUCACUUCUUUCAAUUCCUCUCAAAAACCUGACUGCCGAGGUCGCGUUAGCGUUGUAAACCCUUGUGGUGUCGUAGUUGGAAUAUUUAUCGGGACAUGUGUACUCCAAAGUGUAGAUAGGAUCGUGGCACCCUUUGAUCAGUUUGUGCUGAUGCUGUUUAUUGAUUUUGGGCCACAACAGUGUGUGUUUGUGUGUGUGUGGAUUAUAGACACCACUAUGUCACAAGAUGGAGAACCAGUAGAAUAAAUUAGAAAUUGGGUUUCACCUACAGAUUAAAGUGGUCAGUGGUGGAAGAUGGAAACACAGCUUUUGUUUGGCUUUACUUUACAUACAAAUAAAUACAACUUUUUCUUUAAAUUUAAACUUCUUUGGGGGAUUGAUUUCUGUUUGAUAAUCAUGUGCUGAAGAAAUAAAUUUUAACGGGGUGAGGGGGAAAAAACGAUUUACCCGAAGUGAUUUUUUAUUUUGUUGUUUUUUUAUGAAAAAUGUUCAUUUGUUGGUUUCUGCGUUUACUAACAGGGAGUCGCCCGACAGGGACAUGCUAAAACAAUUUAAAGCCAUACGCUCUGUUCCACAUCUGAUCAGUUAUUGGAGGUGUUCGGUGGCGAGAUGUACCGCUUCAGCCCGAAUACUUGGCGUAAACCCCGCGGUUUCAUUUAGUUCAUUCAUUCCUCGUGUCAUUGUGAAAGCGUCGUCUUGCAUUUUUAGGCUCUAGCUAACCAUUGCUGCUCGUCCCACAGAGUAUGACGUAUUUAAGAAACAAAAGUCACGCACAAAGAAGUGAUCUUAACAUGUUUGUGUCAUUUAGAAAUUCGUGUCACUGUGCUGCGUAGAGCCUGGAGCUGUCAGCGUAGUGCAGCUUGUCUGAUUUUUAGUCGUCCAAACUUCGCCGCCACCAUUCUCCUUGCUCCCCCGGUGAGAUCUCGUUGAUCCGUGUGUCUGCAGCACAGGGAAUGUUCCAGUUUGUGUUCUGUUUAAUCAGAAGGUUGCAGGGAGGGCCACUGAAUCACAGUUGAUGUCUUAAAAAGCCAGGGGUCUGUAAGGCCUUAGAAAGCCAGUUGUUAUCCAAAUAAUACCCAAGCGUGAUUUAGAUUCCCACACUCUGCUUGUUAGACUUACUUUAACGAAUGUUCGAUCUGUUGAGGAUCACCGCAUCGUCGGUGUGCUUGUUUCGGUGCAAACCGGACAUUUUUUUUUGAGAGGUUCUUGUUACUUGACCAACAUCUUCUGUUGUAACAGCCUUUACUAACUGACAGGUUCUUUUUCUUUAUGCAAAAAUGUCAAGGGCUUUUGGCAAUCCAUCCACAGUCACCCGAAAUGACCCAGAAUUCAGUUGUGUUGCCUUAAGUCAUUUUUUAAACGAUGGACCAGGAGAAAGACGCCCUGAGUGUUCCUCUCCUUUCCCAGCUCUACUUAAACGCCACGCCUGGUUGGAAAAGGAUCUCGGAUCAAGGCGUCAUCCAGUAGAUGCCACGUGCUGGUCGUCUUCUGUUUGCCCAUAUUCUACGCUUGGAUUUCACAUCACGAUCGUCACCUGUAAAGCCGGGCACUGUGGUGUAACCGCUAACGUUUCAACCACAAGAAGUCAGCUUAAUGCCUGUACGAAACUGUACCUGGCGCUACAUGAGAAAGCACCGUCGGGCGUCUGGCUUCCUGGUCCAUUAACUACAGCACAACCUGAAUCUCUCUGCUGCAAAACCAAAUUGACCAUGCUCUUUUACAUAUAUGUCUUUGUAUACACAUGCAAUGUAUUUAGUUGCAUGUAUGUAUGAGUAUGAGACCUAUGGUUUUAUCCAUGAUAUGCUUGAUCUAUGGCUUAGACACUCUUAUUAACCAUUAAGAGAUUUAAAAGACAAAUAUGGUGCUAUCGGACCUCAUAUUGGGGUGGUCACAUCUCGUGACUGGUCAUGCGGACUCAUUGAUCAUAUCAUAUAUACUUAAAGAUGCGACAUGUACGAUUUUCUCUGUAGUACAUUGCUGUGAACCGAGUCGUGACGGCGUGUUUUUAUUGCUGAAGGAUCACUUUGACGGAUGCGGACAGCCCUGGGAUUCAGCUUUUGUGAAGGCGGACGUGGGUGACUUGGGGAUCAAUUCCACACUGGGAAACUGACAUUCUCACGUAUAAUGAAGAAAGACUCCACCAGGGCUAUGGAAUGUACUGUUAAUGGUCGCUAGAGCAAUUUAACAGUGGUUAUGUAAAAGGAGAAAAUCCUACAUGUUAACCUUUUACAAUCCUUGAUAUAUGCAGAUCUGUUCAACAGGUGUUUUUGUUUUUAUUUUAAUUUUUUUAGGUUUUUCAGUGCAAGUCAACACUGCAGGUUUGAAAGGACAAGAAGUCACACAUUUACCUCCUGUCACCCAAUUACUCCCUUCACUGUGGCCCAACCUCAUGGCCUAGUUUAAGGUGUGAUGCAUGUCAUUCACUGGCAGAUGGCAGUAGAGCCGGAGGUUCCUGGUUAGUUUUCCCAGAACACGUUUAGUUUUCUUUUUUCUUUUUAACUAUCGUAUCAACUAACCUCUAAGGGCAACAUUUCAGUUGUUGACUGGUAUUAGGUCCUGUUGUUGACGCCCUUUCAGCCUCUCUUUAAACCACGUUGAAGGUCAGCAUCACCUCCACCAAGACAUGGAGAUGAUGUUUUAUGUUAAAAACAUGGAAUAUAGCCCUGUUUCUGUACAGAUCCAACAGUUCGAAGCAUUUGAUACCUCAAGGAAUCGUAAGGAACGACAAUGGUAGACAGUUGUAGCAGACCGUGUGUUUUGGUUCCAUACCAGGGUUUGGAGUUCAGUCCCAGAGCUUGAGCAUUCCCUGCAACGUGAGGAUGACCGCGCGAGGAAUGCUCAAGCUCUUGUUACCUUUGUAUGUUCAACCGAACCAAAGAUGCCAGCGGCCAUGCCCGAAUGCUGCUGUUUUUCAGGCCUGGCUUCCUGUCCUUCCAAAAAAAAAAAAAAAAAAGCCCUGCUCUUGACUAAAUGUUUUGUAUCCUUUUUUUUUUGUGCGUUUUCUAAGUUAAGCAGCCCAGUUUUUCAAUGAAUUUUCAUUGAUUGUCUCUUAAGCCGUUCAUGGCAUCAAGAUGGUGGAAAUGGGUGCAAAUUGUUGUUACUUGUUUUGUUAUUAGUAUUAUUAUUAUUACUAUAAUUUUUCAAAAAUUAAAAUCCCAUGGUGUGCCUCCUAGCUUUAUGGGUUUAUAAAUGUUUGUUUUCCCCCUAAAGACCAGCAGUUAUACUUUGUAUAAAAGAUGGAUUUUUUUCCUUAUUUUAUAUGCCAUUAAAGAUGAAAAAGCCUGUUUUCUUUACUCGACCCAGUAGCUGCACUGGUAUACAAUCGCACUGAUAGAAAAAUUUAACAAAAAAAUAAAUAAAAAGGAAUAAGUGAAUCAAUAAUGAUAAUGACAAAUAAGAAUUACAAUAAACUUGUGUUUGAAGCUUUUAUUAUAAAAAGUAAAAAACAAAAGACUAUAAAAAAAGAAAAUGACUGUUUUUGUACAUCAAAAUAAAUUUUUUUCAAAUGAAUAUUUUGGAUCUAGUUUCAAAAUUAUUUUAGUGGUUUUCUAUGUUCUGAACAUUUUGAGACACUUCUAAGAUGUGUCGCUGUAAAAAAAAUGACUGUUGCAGUGGCCUAAUGGGCUGGAAGGGUUACCUGGUGUAACUCCUCAUACCAACUUUUAUUUCCUUUGUCAAUUUUUGGAUCAUUUUUGUCUGUCUCUCUCUCUGCUUUAGUACUCUGGAAAAAAAAAAAUAAUAAUUUUUGAUGGAAAAAUAUGAACUGGGAACUUUAAUUCCACCCUUGUAGAGCUAGACCCCUCCUUCCAACAGAAUUGCUGUUAGUGUGACGGGACUUUGAAAUGGGCAUUUAUGAUAGUAUGACUCCAAAAAGAAAAUAAAAAAUGUGAAGAAGGCUGAAAUAAUAUAUAUCAAUGGGUUAUCUGUAAGCAAUGGCUGUGAAGAUAAUGUAGUUUUAAACAUUGUUACCUUUUAAGAUCAUUUAUUCAAUAAAAAAAAAACUCCAAAUCA